CAGAUUUCUUGACUGUCAUAGCCAAAGCACUUGAAGAUGUUGACUGCUCAUCUUGGCCGUUUGGGGAUCAGUGCCUCCCAGCAUGUUGUGUGCACUAAGCGAUCGCUGGCCUGGGCCAUAAGGCACAUGCAGGUCUCCCAUGCGUCCAGCAUAGAAUACAAGCCAAUCAAGUCCAUCUUGGUUGCUAACAGAGGUGAAAUUGCAAUUAGAGUCUUCAGAGCAUGUACAGAAUUAGGCAUUAGAUCAGUAGCAGUAUACAGUGAGCAGGACAAAAUGCAUAUGCACCGACAAAAGGCUGAUGAAUCAUACCUGAUUGGCAAAGGACUCCCACCUGUUGAGGCUUAUUUAAGCAUCCCAGAGAUUAUACGUGUUGCAAAGGAAAAUAAUGUAGAUGCCAUCCAUCCUGGAUAUGGCUUCCUCUCUGAGCGCUCAGAUUUUGCCCAAGCUUGUCUCGAUAAUGGUCUCAGCUUCAUUGGACUUCCCAAAUGUCAGAAAGAUGGGGCAAGGGCUGCUCGGCAGACGGCCCUAUGA